UGGACUGGGGGAGAUGAGCUGAGAAGAGGGCACAGCUGGCCGAGGCUGGACCUGGAGGAUGUGUAGGCAGGAAGGAGAGGGGAGCCGGGCCAGCCACAAAAAGUACAGAGCUGCCCUGAAGAAGGAGAAACGAAAGAAACGGCGGCAGGAACUCGCUCGAUUGAGAGACUCAGGACUCUCACAGAAGGAGGAGGAGGAUGCUUUUAUUGAAGAACAACACCUAGAAGAAGAGAUGCUGUUGGAGAUAGAGAGGCAAAAGUUACACGAGGCGUGGUUGCUUCGGGAGCAGAAGGCGCAAGAGGAAUUCCGAAUAAAGAAGGAAAAGGAAGAGGCAGCUAGAAAACGGCAAGAAGAACAAGAGAGAAAGUUAAAGGAAGAAUGGGAAGAGCAGCAGAGAAAAGAGAGAGAAGAGGAGGAGCAGAAGCUGCAGGAGAAGAGAGAAAGAGAGGAAGCUGUGCAGAAGAUGCUGGAGCAGGCUGAAUCUGAGUUGGAAAAUGGUGCCACAUGGCAAAACCCAGAACCACCCAUGGACUUAAGGAUAAUGGAGAAAGACCGGGCUAAUUGUCCAUUCUACAGUAAAACAGGAGCGUGCAGAUUUGGAGAUAGGUGCUCACGUAAACACAAUUUCCCAUCCUCGAGCCCCACACUUCUGAUUAAAAGCAUGUUUACGACAUUCGGGAUGGAGCAGUGCAGAAGGGACGACUAUGACCCUGAUGCGAGUCUAGAGUACAGUGAAGAGGAGACCUACCAGCAGUUCCUGGACUUCUAUGAUGACGUGCUUCCCGAGUUCAAGAACGUGGGGAAAGUGAUCCAGUUCAAGGUCAGCUGCAACUUGGAACCUCACCUGAGAGGCAAUGUGUAUGUUCAGUAUCAAUCGGAAGAAGAAUGCCAAGCGGCCCUGUCUCUGUUUAACGGACGAUGGUACGCAGGACGGCAGCUCCAGUGCGAAUUCUGCCCAGUGACCCGGUGGAAAAUGGCCAUUUGUGGUCUGUUUGAAAUACAGCAGUGUCCGCGAGGCAAGCACUGCAACUUCCUCCACGUGUUCCGAAACCCCAACAACGAGUUUUGGGAAGCGAACAGAGACAUCUACCUGUCUCCGGAGCGCACCGCCGCCUGCUUUGGCAAGGGCCCGGACCGGCGCGAGAGGCCCGGCCACCACGACGACUACUACGGGCGGCCCAGGAGGCGGAGGAGCCCGAGCCCGGCGCAUUCCUACAAGAGAAAUGGGGAAGCCGAGAGGAAGAGGAGAAGCGGCCCCCGGGGGAAGAAGUCGCACAAACACCCGUCCAAGAGCCGCGAGAGGCGCGGCUCCCGAAGCAGAGGAAGGAGGAGGGCCGGCAGCCGGGUGCGGGCCAGCCGGAGCCCCAGCUCCUCCCGCUCCAGGAGCCGUGGCAGGAGGAGGUCGGGCAGCAGAGACAGAGCGAUGCAGAGUCCCAGAUCCAAAUAAACCCAUGUUGUUCUGAAAUGAUCGGGUAUCUUCUUUAUGACAGCUGCUUCCUGCUUGGGUAGUCGAGGGCUCUGAGCUCAAGGCGUUAGCAAGUCUGGCAGGACGAACCCGAUUUCAGAACACUUGUAUUCUCUGAGAAUCCGUGUGUGUAGUAUAGAAAACAUAAACUGUAUAGAUAAUCCGAAAAUGACUUGUGAUCCGAACCCUUGGCGUGACGGUCAGGUAACACUGGAGCGCUGCUCAAGUCUUGUUUUCCUCUUCUCGUGGACGUGUACAAAUAUUUUUUUACACAGAGAUCGUACGUGGCUGCAGUUGAAUACGCUUUUCUUCCUGCGCAAAACCUCCUAUGUUGUCAAGCCCCUUCUUAUUUUUCUUACCGCAGGGUGCGACCAAUCAGUUUAUUCCACCCUAUUCCUACUGAUGGAUUUUAACGUUAUCUUUAAUUUUGCAUGAUUAAAAGAAUCCAGUGCUUUAAACAAUCCUGCUGUGGGUCUCCUUACUCUCACACAUUUCUGACCAUUUCCUUAGGAUAAAUUCCAUUAUAUCCAGAGAUAGGACUGCUGAAGCAUUUCCAAAUUCCCCUCUGGAAAGGCUGCAAAAAGUUCACUCUCUCAGUAAUAUAUUUUUCUAUUCCCACAAGUUAUUUUAACCUUUGCCAGUUUGGUAAAUUUUAUGUUGAGCUCUUUGUUUCUCUAUGUAUUGGCUAAGCCAGACACUUUUUCUGUAUUUAAUGGCUGUUAAAUCGGGUUGUUUGCCCUUUUAAUAGUCUAUUGGAUUUUUCUACAUACAAUAGCUGAGCAGGUUUUUGACUUUACAAUUCACUUUGCUUUAAAGUACUUAAAGGGAGGGGCACCUGGGUGGCUCAGUCGGUUGAGCGUCCGACUUCGGCU